GCUGGUGAGGAACAUACUUUUCCACUAUAUUGGCAGUGACAAGAGCAAAUCUUUUUCUGUCAAUUUCACACAUUUUUGUCAGGCAUUGAUUUGGUUCUUUAAAGUGAUGUGAGCAAAGUGCUUUUCAUUUUCUGUAUGAAAUAUUUCGAAUCCUAAUUUACCUGCAGUUUGUGAAUUGGAAAGUUAAGAGUACAGGCAACCCUAUCUUUUGCCCUUGAUAUAUUUUUCCCCUCUUUUAGGGAUAGGAAGCUAAUGCUGGUUGCUAAUCAGUAACCAGCCAGUUUUUGUGAAUAGUGCACUCUUCUGUCCCGUGUACUAACAUCUAUAAUACACUUGAUUUUAAAAAGCAGUUCUUUGUUUUCUUCUUAUUUGCAAAUAUGGAAUGAAGGUCAUUGGAACAUUUCUGCAGCAGACUCAGUGUGGAGCAGUGAGCCAGCAGUACUCAGUCUCUGGGUAGGGAAAAGGAACAGGCCCUAGUAGAGAAGUUUGGAGGGUGUUGAUUUGCCUUCCCCUGGCUUCCCCUCCUGUAAGGGAUUUACCUGAGAGGAUCGAUAGGGGUUUAGAUUCGGGGCUCUUUGAAUUGGAGUGGUGUUGCAGUGAAAGUUGCUAGAUGCAGGCCUCUGUCGUUGCUCGCAAAAGUGACCUUGAAAAACUGCCGAGGAGUUGAAAGAUUGAAGGACAAAGUUUGUUUAUACAGAUUUAGACUGAAAAGCUCUAUUUAAGAUGAAAAGAGACUGUACUUCUGAUGUUCAAGUCGAGUGGUUAGUAGGAAUAUGUUAUAGAUUCAGAUUAGGAGUUUUCAAGCAAUAAGACAAUGGGGCUGCAUUCAUUCUCUCUCCCACUCUUCUCCGUUCCUUCCCCCAGCAAAAAAAUUCUAAAUCCUUUUGGUAUGAUAGUUGAGUGAACUGCCUAACAGAUUCAGAAUUCCUUGCACGCUACCUUGUCUUCUGUGUAAUCUAGAGGGUUCUUUAGUGAAGAAUGGCAUUUCAGGAGUUCAAAGCAGUUAUGUUUGUAAAACUUCUUUGGGGGAAUUGGAAUGCUUAUGGUAAGAAGACUCAUUCUGGGAAGUUAAAUCAUAAGAGAAAGGAGUAUGUGUUAAGGAUUACAUUUUAACAGUUGUCAGAAUGUCCACAGAAGGAGGAUUUGGUGGCACUAGCAGCAGUGAUGCCCAGCAAAGCCUCCAGUCCUUCUGGCCUCGUGUCAUGGAAGAAAUCCGGAAUUUAACAGUGAAAGAUUUCCGAGUACAAGAACUCCCACUGGCUCGUAUUAAGAAGAUCAUGAAACUGGAUGAAGACGUGAAGAUGAUCAGUGCAGAAGCCCCUGUGCUCUUUGCCAAGGCAGCCCAGAUUUUUAUCACAGAGUUGACUCUUCGAGCCUGGAUCCACACGGAGGAUAACAAGCGCCGGACUCUACAGAGGAAUGAUAUCGCCAUGGCAAUUACAAAAUUUGAUCAGUUUGACUUUCUCAUCGAUAUUGUUCCAAGAGAUGAACUGAAACCUCCAAAGCGUCAGGAGGAGGUGCGCCAGUCCGUGACCCCCGCCGAGCCCGUCCAGUACUACUUCACACUGGCUCAGCAGCCCGCUGCCGUGCAAGUCCAGGGGCAGCAGCAGGGCCAGCAGACCACCAGCUCCACGACCACCAUCCAGCCUGGGCAGAUCAUCAUCGCGCAGCCUCAGCAGGGCCAGACCACACCUGUGACCAUGCAGGUUGGAGAAGGUCAGCAGGUGCAGAUUGUCCAGGCUCAGCCGCAGGGUCAAGCCCAGCAGGCCCAGAGCAGCACCGGACAGACCAUGCAGGUGAUGCAGCAGAUCAUCACAAACACAGGAGAGAUCCAGCAGAUCCCGGUGCAGCUGAAUGCCGGCCAGCUGCAGUACAUUCGCUUAGCCCAGCCUGUAUCAGGCACCCAAGUCGUGCAGGGACAGAUCCAGACACUUGCCACCAGCGCUCCACAGAUCACGCAGACAGAGGUGCAGCAAGGACAGCAGCAGUUCAGCCAGUUCACGGACGGACAGAGGAACAGCGUGCAGCCAGCCCGAGGCUCUGAGCUAACGGGAGAGGCAGAGCCCAGAGAAGUGAAAGCCACGGGAAAUGCAACUCCCUGCACCUCUUCCCCGCCCACCACACACACCCCCUCACACCGGGCCGGAGCCUCCUGUGUCUGCUGCGCCCAGCCCCCGCAGAGCCCCACUCCCCCUCCUCCCUCCGACGCCUUACAGUGGGUGGUGGUCGAGGUGUCCGGGGCCCCCAGCCAACUCGAGGCCCAUAGGGAGCUGCAUGCCCCUCUCCCGGGGGUGACCUCACUCUCUCCUCUCCACCCCUCGCAGCAGCUCUACCAGAUCCAGCAAGUCACCAUGCCCGCCGGCCAGGACCUCGCCCAGCCCAUGUUCAUCCAGUCAGCCAACCAGCCCUCCGACGGGCAGGCCCCCCAGGUGACCGGCGACUGAGGGCCUGAGCUGGCAAGGCCACGGACGCCCAACACAAUUUUUGCCAUACAGCUCCGGGCGAUGGGUACAGCCUCCCUCCCCAGAGGACCCGGCCGACCUCCGCGCCUCCUACAGGCUAGGACACUGGUGCACUGCGCCCCACGCUGGAGGCCGAGAUUCUCCAACAGAAAGAUGCAAUAUUUUUUAUUUCCUUUUUCUCCAUUUUUUCUCCGAGGAAUCAAUAUUUCAGUAUGUUGAGCUGUGUGUCCAAUGCUAUGAAAUGAAUAUUAAAUAACAUAUUUAUGGCAUUUUCUUGAAGAGUGUGGUUGAAGAAGUAUUUCUUUUGUUUUCCUUUUUUUUUUUUUUGAUUCUUACCGCCACUUCUUUCCAGGAGCACAUCUCCUCAGGGGGGUAUGUUAUCUCCUGACUCUCGGAGCAGCUGCGGCCCUAGGAUUUGCCACCUUGUUCUGCCCGCAGAUUGAAUUAGGUGACCACGUAGCUUCUUUCUCACUAGUGGUCCUCUUCCUCGUGACCCUGUGCUCGUCCCAGAGCUCUGUGUGUUUGCACCCAGAGGCCGUGGAAACAUUCCUUGCGUUUAAGAGGUGAACUCAUUUGCCAUGGAGAGUGGAUGGUUUCAUUUCCAAACCCUUCUCUCCCAGGGACCCAAGGAGACUAGAACUUUGUGCAUUUGCCCACCUCCACCCCCCAUUUUUUAUCUUUAAAAUGCAUUAAAAAUUGUGCUAGUCUCCUUUGCUGCAUGGACUUCAAACUGCAUGAAAUGCAAUAAAUCUCAUUUUAGAUAA